ACUUGGGUCACACUUCGGGUCAUAUGACCGACGUUACGCUGAGUGUCGGAUGUGCUGUUAUAGGCGUUGACUGGACGACUCUUGUGCACCGUGUCUUGUGAUCCCGAGUCCUUUGGCAAGUUUCUCUAAGUAUCCUCAGGAAAAAGAUCAGACGACACCAUGGCUCUCAGCGAUGCAGACGUUCAAAAACAGAUCAAGCAUAUGAUGGCCUUUAUAGAACAAGAGGCCAAUGAAAAGGCAGAAGAAAUAGAUGCUAAGGCAGAAGAAGAAUUUAAUAUUGAAAAGGGACGACUGGUGCAACAACAGCGUCUAAAAAUCAUGGAGUAUUAUGAGAAAAAGGAAAAGCAAGUUGAAUUGCAAAAGAAAAUACAAUCUUCAAACAUGCUUAACCAAGCUCGAUUAAAGGCUCUAAAAGUACGUGAAGAUCACGUACGCAAUGUCCUUGAUGAAGCUAGAAAAAGAUUAGGCGAAGUAACUCAUAAUCCCACACGAUAUAGAGAAAUUCUUCAGCUGUUAAUCAUCCAAGGCCUUUAUCAACUUACAGAGGCGAAUGUUACUCUUCGUGUUCGUCAAGUCGAUGUACCUCUUGUAGAGUCCCUUAUCGACACCAUUCAGCAACAAUAUAAGCAAAAAACUAAGAAAGAUGUUACCUUGAAGAUCGAUACCGAUAAUUUCUUGUCUAGCGAAAGUUGCGGAGGUGUUGAAUUGUUAGCAUCCAAAGGACGUAUAAAGAUUAACAAUACUUUGGAGACUAGAUUAGAGCUGAUAGCGCAGCAAUUGAUACCCGAAAUCCGUUCCGCUCUUUUCGGACGCAAUUCAAAUCGCAAAUUUAAUGAUUAAGCUACUUUUUUUGACAAUUUUUUUGACUCUCCGAAACAUUCCUUUUAACAAAUUGCUAUUGCAUUAUCAUGUAUUAUAUAGAAAAGUAUAUAGAUAAAAUUAGCACAUACGACACGCCUUUUGUCGAGAUCCACGCCUAAUAUUUUCGAUGAAAGUAUCUGAAUUGCCGUGCAAUAUUUAUCGUUGGAAGAGUCGUCAGCAAACUGUACAUUUCCUCACACACCUUUUUAUUCUGUCAUCUUAUCUAUGCUCUACUUUGACAGAUAAUGAACCAUGAACAUAAAAAAUGUAUAGUGAUUAAAUACUUCAUAUACUAACAUGUUCAACGUCAACUUGAAAUUGUCGUUAAAAAAAUUGGUGUUCAUAAACGAAACAAAGUGUACUUUCUCAAUUGAUUAAGGAGUGUUAAUGCGAACGAAAUGUAUGUUAAUAGUUAAUGUUCUUGGCUGCUUAUGUUAAAACGAAUAGCAAUUGCAAAUUGAAUGUAGUCAAUAUAUUGUGCAGAAUCGUAAUAAACAAGUAUUGAACGCG